AUGGCUAUUGGUGUCGAUACUUCUAAAUGGAAGCCGAGAAGAUUGCAAGGGACACCUGCGGCGAAAUUCAGGAAUUAUUUAGGGAUUGGUAUAUUAAGUCUUGGACUCAUAAGCGGACUAAUCUUUCAUACGAUUCCUGUGACAAAAAACUUACGAGUAGCUUCUGAAAGGCUUUACGAAGACCCUAUUGAAGAAGUGGAAAGAAAACAAAUGAUUGCAGCGGGUCUGCCUAAUCAUGAAUUAAAUAAUAGUGCAAGCACCUCUAAACUUCCAGUUACCAAUAAAUACUUCUCUGAGGAAACUGCCUUAGAUGAUAGCUUAAAAGAAUUUCAAGAGAAGAAAAAAAACAUUGCAGGCCCCAAGAAGUCAAAGAAAAAACCACCUAAGAAGAUAAAGCUUAUCAAAGGCCAAAAAGAUAUAUACAGUUUGCUUAAAAAUAAUGAUUUGGUUGCUUAUUCAAAGGAUUUUGAUAAUGUGUGUAAGAAAUCAGGCCUUGAUAUUGACUCUGAACAGUUACAAUUGGCUAUAGCCCUAUCAAAAUCUAUUCAAGAUACAAAACAAACGGAGGAUGUCAUUGAGACAAAACCUUUAAGUUCCCAAGAGAGAACUCUUAAAAUUAGAACUACUCUCCAAGAAUACGGCUUCAGAGUGCCUGAAGUAAAGAUAGCUGAUGUAAACAAGAGAAAGAGAAAGAAAAAGGAAAAUUAUAAAUUGCUGACUGCCACCAAUGAGGAAAAGCAGCAAAUAAUAAUUCAUAAAUAUUCUAAGAUAUUGUCAGAAAAUGUUUAUAAAUUAAGUGAUUUUACAACAAAUAUACCAGAAGAUACCCUUUAUUAUAAAUCAACCUGUAUUCCAUACAAUGAUUUGAAAAGCAAUGAUAUUUUUUAUGUAAACUCAUUGAUCGAGAGAUGUACUGAAACAGUAAGCCUUCUAAGAAAUUGGUCGGACAUACCAGGUAGAUGUCCAAGUCCAGUAUUUGAGGGCCCUAAACUUGGUUUUCAAGACAUUCAAUGUUCUGAAGACGAACUUGACAUGCUUCUCAGUGGUUCUAUUUCUUCUGCACAAGAAUUUCUCUACACGAAACUCGGAGAAAGUAUUCCAAAAGAUGUUUUAUCUAGUUCUUAUAAUCAAAGUUAUCCCAAUACAGAUAGAGAUGAAGAAAGGGUUUUAAUUACAACAGAUUAUUAUUUAGAUAAAACAGUUGAAGAAGUUCAAGCAAAUUCAGUAGAUCACCAUAUGUCAGAUAGUAUAUUAGUUAAUGAAACUCUUUCUCAACCUCAUUUAGUAUCUAAAACAUGUGAUAUAACAAAAAUAGAGAUAACUAUAGAAGAAUCCCAGUGUGAAAGUGAGAAGAGCACAUCGGUAUAUAGAGAAAGAAGUAAUUCCCCAGAUUUGUUUGAUGAUGAAGUUUGUGUUAUUGGCAUAUCAGAGAAAUCUGAAAACACAAAUAUGUUUAAUUUUACAGAAUCCCAUGAAACUAUAGAUUUAACUCAAUGUGUAUCAAGUGCAAUAAGACCUCACUUUUCCAACAGAACUAGGAGAAUUUCAAAUGAUUUCAUGGAUCUUACUGAAUGUGUUGUUAAAAGCAAUUCAAAUAAUGAUGAAAAAAUUGAUCUUACACAAAAUUUUGAUGAUGAUACUAUAGUAUAUGUGCAUGAUGAUAAUAUGACCAUUAAUUGUGAUGGAACCAAUUCAAAUAUUGUUAUUGAAGAUGACAUCAAAAGUCAGAGAACACCUGUAUCUACAAUGUUGGAAUUUGAGUCAGUAACAUUUGGACUGAGCACAAUGCCUACUACAAGAAAUGAAACAAAUGUAGAAGCUAUGGAUUUAACACAGUCUUCUGAUUCUAGUGAUGAAAUACCAGAUUUAAUUAUAAAUGGUGCAGACAACGUAGGCUUAGAUAACACUAUUGUAAUAUAUGAUAAUUAUAAAACGAAUAGUUCUGAAGCCAAUGUUCAAGAUUUAGUUUGUUUUAACAUUACUUCUAUGGGUAACAAUGCUCAGACAUCUUGCAUUAACAAUUCUACAACUCAGAAUUUGAAAGAGGUAGAUGUAGUGGAUGUGGACGAAAAAGUUAAUGACAAAAUCGAUCUUACCCAAACUGAAUUUCUUUAUAAUGAGCCCACUAUCACAUCACCUACAAGGAAUUAUGACUGUCUUGGCAAAAAAGAUGAUAAAUCAAUUGAUUAUGACGAAAUGUUCGAUAAUGUUAUAGAAAGUUACUCAAAUUAUACAAAAUCUGGUCGUAGUUCAGAUAAAAGAAGUAUUACUAGUAACUCUUCAAUAGAAAAUAAGGAAGCAUCAACCAGCAAGCAUGCGUCUUGUGAAAUUUCUGACCAAGAACUUAAUGAUUCGAUGAAGAAAUCUGAAGGUGAUAACACUUCUGACGAAAAUUCGAAUGCUCCACUAGAAAAUGAUCAAGCUGACGAGUUACCGUUUAUUAAUUUGAUAAGUGAUAAUAGUAACGAAACAGUGACACCAAGAAGGAAAAACAAGAAUUAUCAUAUAAUAAAAACACCGAGUAACAAUGAAUACUUUGUAAAAACAGCUGAAGUGACACCGAUGCAGAAUUAUGAAGCGAUGUCUUCCCCUGAAAGGAAUAAGGAGCUUGAGAAGUAUGGUCUCAAACCAUUCAAACGAAAACGUGCUAUACAAAUGCUCACAUACAUCUACAACCAAACUCAUCCUAUAGUAGACUCGUGUAUUAACGAUUCUCCGUCACCUUCAAAGAAAUUUAAAAUGUCGAAUACAUCUCCACCGAAGACCACAGACGCAACGCCGCUUAUUAAAGACAUUAGCUGUGAUCCUGAAGAUUGGAUUUUUCAAAAACGGGAGAAGGCAAAGAUUCACUCUUGCAAAGUGCCUUUACACAUAGCGUUUCACAAUUACGUCACUUGCAGACGGCUAUUACGUGAAGCUAUACUCUGCUAUGAACCAAUAAACAUUGAUGUUGUACAUAAAGACUUGGUUGCUAUUGGUUACAGAUACAACCCUAAGGACCUUUUAAAGUUUUUGGACAAAAAGUGCAUAACAGUGAAAACCGCUGAUAAUAAUGCGAGAAAUAAAAGAUGA